AUGACACAACCUCAAGGCUUUGAGAGUAAGCAUCAUCCUUUUGACCUUGUUUGCAGACUCAAGAAGUCCUUGUAUGGUUUAAAACAGGCUCCUCGUGCCUGGAAUGAACGGUUUACUAGCUUCUUACCAAGCUUGGGUUUUCAAGCUUCAAAUGCAGAUUCGUCUCUCUUUAUUCAACAUUCGUCACUUGGUACUGUGGUUUUGCUUCUUUAUGUUGAUGAUAUCAUUCUUACUGGCAGUAAUUCCUCUCUUAUUACAUCUGUAAUUGGUGCUUUAACUCAGGAGUUUGAUAUGAAGGAUUUGGGCCAGUUGACUUAUUUUCUAGGGCUACAAAUUUCAUAUCAGUCUGCUGGCUUGUUUGUGUCUCAAACUAAGUAUAUCAAGGAACUGCUUGACAGGGUUGAUUUGCAGGAUUCAAAACCAUGUCCUACUCCUUGUCUCCCAUAUCACAGACUGUUGAAAGAUGAUGGCAAACCUUAUUCUCAUCCAGAGCAGUAUCGAAGCAUUGUUGGUGCUCUGCAGUACCUCACUUUCACAAGGCCAGAUAUUGCCUUCUCAGUGAAUCAAGCUUGUCAAUUUAUGCAUAAUCCCAUGGAGUCUCAUGUUGUGGCAGUUAAGAGAAUCCUGCGGUAUUUGAAAAGAACUCUUGAUUUUGGCAUUUGGUUUAAGCCUGGUCUUCUUCAUCUGCACGCUUAUAGUGAUGCUGACUGGGUUGAGGAUCCUAAUGAUCGCAGAUCUGUUUCAGGAUUUAUUGUUUACUUAGGCUCUAGUCCUAUUUCUUGGGCUUCUAAAAAGCAACAUACUGUCUCUCGUUCAUCCACUGAGGCUGAAUAUAGGGCUUUGGCUAUUGCUGCUGCUGAACUUGCAUGGAUCAGACAGUUGUUCUGUGAUCUGCACGUCCCAUUACAUGUUCCUCCUUUAAUUCAUUGUGAUAAUAUCUCUGCUAUUGCUCUCUCUUCCAACCCGGUGUUUCAUUCCCGAAUGAAACAUCUCUAA